CUUCUCUGCCCGAGCAAUCCUCGUGGACCGAGCUCCCCCAUCGGUCUCCGAGCACUCCAUUCGUCCGAGCACUCUCACGGCGGCGGCACCUGAUUUUCAAUUGGUGGAGUAGGGGUCGGCGAAGGCAUUGUAAACAAUUCCCUUCCCGCGUUCCCCAAUGAAGAAUCCGGCCAACAAAAUGGCUAAGGCCGUAGGGAGCUCCCGCCCCAAUGCUGAAGAUUCUCGCCUCUCGGACGCCCAACUCGGGGAGAUGAGGUCCCUCCUACCCCCUUCUUACGAGGUUCGGCACGCCCGGGGCGCCACUCUCAAAAACAACUCCGACGGCCCUGAACAUCUGGCACGAAACCAUUUUUUGCUUCGCUGCCCGUUGCCUCAAGCACGAUCUCUUUUGGGUCUUGUCAAGGAAUGGGCAUCCCGUUCCUCGCUCCCGAAGACGGACUAUUUCACUGGUUUGGGUUUCUGGGUACCUCCUGCCACGCCCUCUCAGCCUAUGUCUCCUGCCACUCCGGAAGAUUGGAGUCCUCCGGCUUCGCGCAUCCUUCCUCCUCGCCCCGGUACUUAUCGCACUCGCGAAGAACCACCUGUCCCGGAAGAUGGGAGGGGAGGAGGUGUCGAAGAUGUUGGCGAAAGUGAACUCGGCCCGAUGGUUGGGGGUCCUUCCGUGGCCGAUGUUAGUAGGAAUCCCCUUGAGGAUGGAUCCACCCACACAUUGGCUCCCUCUUCUUCUUCUUCUUCUUCUUCUGAGAGAGGGACUUUUCCCCAGGCCCCUCGCAUUCCCCACACUUCCUUAUUUGGAGAAUUUCUCUUUUCCAUCAUCUCAUCCACGGUCAGAGCCUGCUUCAAACAGAGGCAGUGGUGGCGUCUUUGUUCUCUCGCCCCCAAGUCCCCAGAACCAUGGAUGCUUCAUGCUCCUCCUUGCCACCUUCCCGGGUGUUGCCCAAGGGUAGUCAAUCGUCUUCUCAGGGUCAUCGUAAAAGAGGUCGUGGCUCUCCUUGCCAAAUUGGGGAAAGCUCUCACAGCCUCGUUCAAGAAGGUGGGGUGGUCGGUACCCCCACGGCUGCUCCCACCUCUCUCCCUCAAGAAGCUGGGGUGGUCGGCACCGCCACACCUCCUCCCACCCCUCUCCCCGUGGACACAUGUGGGAGCAUUCCUCAUAUGGGUUUGCUACUCGGGCAGAACAGCCGGGAUUGUUGGGCUUCCCCGCCAACGAUGCAACGAGAUGAUGGACUAUCAAAAGGGUCACCCCGAUUACCGUGCUCGUCACUCCUGGUGUGUGGGGAAUGCGAGGGAACUGGCCGAUUACCGUGCUCGUCACUCCUGGUGUGUGGGGCAAGCACAAUAUAACAAGCUCUCGAGCGAAAAUAAGAACCUUCAGGCCGAAAACAAGCGAUUGGAGCAGCUUCGGAGAGACGAAGCUCAAGAAAUCGUGCUCGAGCGUGAAAGGAUGGCCGAGCAACGCCGGACCCUCGAGGAGGAGACGGAGAGGCUCAAACGGGAGGUCGUUGCUCUUCGCCUCUCGGUGGACUCCGAAAUCCUAUAGCACUUCUUCCAACUUCAAAUCAUUCUUUAUUUCUAAUAUAUUCUUCUCCCACUUCAUUUUUCCUCCAUUUCUUUAUGGUAUAAAUUUAUUUAUUCCUC